GGCUAGUUUGUCCUCUGCUUGUAACCAUUCCCAUGGCGCCUUAGAGGGAAGAGGGACAACAGGAAAAUUGUCGUCAGCGUGUCAGAGAACGAACGAAAACGAAGAAAUUUAUUUUAGAAGGACUCCAGUCCCUGCCUUUCAUGGGUGAUUCAUCUCUGAUGCCUAUGGAGCCGGCUGUUUCUCUGCAUUUUUCGCUGCCAGAUUCCCUUCUUUUCUUCCCCAUUAUCAGCUUGUUUGCACAGGUCUCAGCCCAGUUUACAGUUGUGGGGCCAGCUGACCCAAUCUUGGCCAUGCUGGGAGAAAACACCAGGUUACAAUGCCACCUUUCUCCUGAGAAAAAUGCUGAACACAUGGAGGUGCGUUGGUUCCGGUCUCAGUUGUCUCAGGCAGUGCUUGUGUAUAAGGGUGGGCGUGAACGCACAGAGGAGCAGAUGGAAGAAUACCGAGGAAGAACAACUUUUUUGGUGGAAGAUAUUCAGAAGGGCAGUGUGGCUCUGAUCAUACACAAUGUCACAGCCCAUGAAGAUGGCAUCUACCACUGUUAUUUCCAAGAAGGCAGGUCCUACGAUAAGGCCAUCAUGCACCUAAUGGUGGCAGGCCUAGGAUCUAUACCCUUCAUUGAAAUUAAAGGUCAUGAUGAUGGAGGCAUCCGUCUGGAAUGCAAAUCUUUAGGGUGGUUCCCGGAGCCCCAUGCAGUAUGGAAGGACCCAUAUGGCGAAAUCAUGCCUUCCCUGGAGGAAGCUUACACCAUGGAUGCAGAUGGUCUCUUUAAGGUCACUAUAGCUAUAAUCAUCAGAGACUGCACUGUAAGAAACAUGUCCUGUUCCAUCAACAAUACCCUGCUUGGCCAGGAAAAGGAAACUGUGAUCUUCAUUCCAGAAUCUUUCACCCCUACCACCUCUCCCUGGAUGAUGGUCUUGGCUGCCAGCAUACCUAUUCUGUUCAUCCUCAUUGCUGGGAGUAUCUGCCUCAUAAAAAAACUUCAAAAAGAAACAGAGAUGCUAUCCAUAGAAAAAGAAGUUGAUAAUGAAGAGAAAGAAAUUGCACAGCAGCUUCAAGAAUUGCGAUGGAGAAGAACCCUCUUACAUGCUGCUGAUGUGAUCCUGGAUCCAGACACGGCUCACCCUGAACUCUUUCUGUCAGAGGACCUGAGAAGUGUGAAAAGGGGUUCCUACAGGCAGAGUGUACCUGACAACCCAGAGAGAUUUGAUUGCCGGCCCUGUGUCCUAGGCCUGGAAAGUUUCUCCUCAGGAAAACAUUACUGGGAAGUAGAGGUGGAAAGUGUGAUGGUAUGGGCAGUGGGAGUUUGUAGAGACAAUGUUGAGCGGAAAGGAGAAGCACUACUGGUGCCUGAGAAUGGCUUCUGGACCCUAGAAAUGUUUGGAAACCAGUACCGGGUCUUGUCCUCCCCUGAGAAGAUUCUCCCUCUGAAAGAAUGCCUUCGUCGGGUGGCUGUCUUUCUAGACUAUGAAUCUGGAGAUAUCUCCUUCUACAACAUGAGGGACAGAUCACACAUCUACACAUGUCCCCAUUCACUUUUCUCAGGGCCCCUGAGACCCUUCUUUAGGCUGGGAUCUGAUGACAGCCCUCUCUUCAUUUGUCCAGCAUUCACAGGGGCUAAGGGACUCACAGUACCUGAGGCUGGCUUGAUCCUUCACAGGGCAGGAACCCACUGCUGUCAGUCAGAACAAUUCCCUGGUCUCAGAGCCAAGUAGAGAAGCCAAAAAAGAAGCCACUUCUACUACCAAAGCACAACCUUCCCUGAAGGAAAAAAAGUACUCCCUCCCCCACUCUUCUUUCUGGCCACAUCAGAGAACCUCCCUCAAAAAUUCAACACCCUUUUUAGGCCACAGCUCUAUCUCUCGCUCAUUAGAUUGUUGCUUUACAAACUUAAUUGCUCGUAACUAUGGAGCAGGGUACAGUUUUAGGGAAGUAAAUAUUGCUACACAGCUACCAGCCAGAAGAAAAUGUGAGAAAGUAACAGGCUUUUCUAUCAAGUGACAUUUUCAACCUGAUACUCAAAUUGACACCAGACACUGGACUCUUGAGUGAGGGCAACAAAAUACAUUUAAAGGAAGAGGCCGCAAAUGGAGAUUGGAGAUAGAAGUUGUACCUGAGAGGUAGAAGGAGUCAAGGCUGUGGCCAUAGCUAAACCUAAUCUUAAAACAACUCCCCCAACCACUUCACCCCACCAUACAUACACAUACAGAGGGCCUCAAAAGUAGAUAGUCAUUUCUGUACCACUCCCAGAAUUUCUGGCCAACACAGUAAAUCUACCAAUUCUAUAACUGAAAAGAAGAUGGGUAUAGAAAAGGGACACAUCUGAAUCUAGCUUAUUUCAGAAGUUCAUGCAAUAAAUAAGGACUCAGUACUCAGUUAAUGAGUGGGGGAUACAAUUCCAGCUGAGCAGGUUAGAGUAUUGCACCAAAUGGGCAGAUACCUGACAAUAUUUAUGGCAUUAAGCAAUAUAAUUAGAACAUUAAAUUUAAUUAUUAAUUUGUAUUAUGAUAACAACAAUAAGGUCUGGGGAAAUAGAAUAAAAGAGACUUUCAUGCCUGAAACCCCAAAACUCCAAAGCUCCAGGUUCAAACCCCUGUACUACUAUAAGCCAGAGCUGAGCA